CAAGAUGCUUCCUGUCACUGCCACUUUGAGGACGACCAUGUCGAUGUUCACCUUGGUUAUUCUGGGGUGUUUGGGGUUCCAAGGGGUGAUGGCCUCUGGCUCUAGGGCGUACAGAAUGUCCAUGACCAACGACAACGAUGGGCACACCACCAGUCAGCGACAGGACCCUCAGACAAGCAAUGAAAUACCACGGAGUAUCGAGGUGGAUGAUUUCAAAAUCAACGAAGUGCCGACCAGCGGCAAAGUGAGCUUAGCACCGACCAUGGUCCGACUCUACCCGCCACCUGUCAAAACGUCACACCUUCAUGCCAACCUUCCGCUUCGCUUCGGCCGGGACUCCCUACCCGACGACACCCACUCACCCAAAACGACCCUUAAUUUACCGCAACGGUUUGGAAGAGCACAGGGUUCUGGCGCAACGGAACCGACGUCGUGUAUUGAGUGUCCCCAUGUCGGGACACUGCCCUCCGCCACCCUGCCACAGAGGUUCGGCAGGAAUGAGUUCAACCGCCGGUAUCCUUUCCGAGCUAUGGCCUUUUUCUCACGCAGGUCCGAACCCGUGCCAAAUGGAAACAUUAGGCAGCAAGACUAUAAUGAUUCUGAUUUUGGCUCAGAGGAAGAAGAGACACGGGAGAAGACUCUGAAGAGCUCAAUGUUGGAUUUUCUCCUCUGGAACUCUUGAAAGAACUCUGUCGCCACAGAAGCGGUUCCCGUUUUCAUGACCUGGGUCGCUCAUGUUUUUUUCGUAAUUUUGAUCUACUAUGUAAUGUAUGAAUAUUGUUAAAUUGCUGGCAUAUUGUUACUUAAUCAUGUAAAGCACAAAUUAAAACGAUAGUAUCGAUUUUGGAUGUUAUUCGUUUCAGAACCAUGGAUAGGUCCAAAGUGGUCUACCAAACGUCAACUUCUGAAUGUUCCACUUCUCAACCACUCUCUCUCGUAUCUCUCGUAUCUCUCGCCUCCCCUCUCCUCCCAAUUGAAAAAAAACCAACAAAAAAACAGUAGGCCUACUUAGCUAAUGAUUGAUAGGCUAAUCAUGUAAUACUGUAGCUAGACCAGGUGCUGACUGGCCAACCUGGUCUCAGAGCAGUUUGUAUUAUUUUGUAUGUAAAUCUUGCACACUCCAUUUAGUAUGCUAUGUUAUGUUUCAUAUGAUAUGUAUUAAUUUGUGGAUGUCCAUCACCCAUUUUGUAUGAUAUGUUUUGAAUAACAAUUCGUAUUAUAUGUUCCAAAUUUGCAAAACGUACAAUAUGUUACGAAUUUUCCAAAAUGUAUGAUAUGCUACACAUUCUAGCUAAGUGGCUAGGUGGCUAACAUGAUCUAGCUGGCUAACGUUUGCAAGGCUAGGGGUUAGGGUUAAGUUUAGGGCUGAGUUUGGAAUCAGGUUAAAGGGUUAAGGUUAGGGGAAGAGUUGGCUAAAAGGGUUACAUUUAAGCUAAGAGGAAAUGUUAACAUGCUAUGUAGAUGCAAAGUAGGUAAAAAGUAGUACGUUUUUGAAAAGUUGCAAAAUAACUAAAAUGCCUAAAUCUAUGAGAUUCAAACUCACAACCUAUAGGUGGAUAAAUGUUCAUGUUAUGCGCCCACCCACCCCACCACACAACCUAUAGGUGGAUAGAUGUUCAUGUUAUGCGCCCACCCACCCCACCACACAACCUAUAGGUGGAUAGAUGUUCAUGUUAUAUGCCCACCCACCCCACCACACAACCUAUAGGUGGAUAGAUGUUCAUGUUAUAUGCCCACCCACCCCACCACACAACCUAUAGGUGGAUAGAUGUUCAUGUUAUAUGCCCACCCACCCCACCACACAACCUAUAGGUGGAUAGAUGUUCAUGUUAUGCGCCCACCCACCCCACCACACAACCUAUAGGUGGAUAGAUGUUCAUGUUAUAUGCCCACCCACCCCACCACACAACCUAUAGGUGGAUAGAUGUUCAUGUUAUGCGCCCACCCAUCCACCCUGACCAACCCCCCUACUACCAUCGUUGCCUUAAGUAACCAUCUGUCUUAGGCAAAAUAAAAAUGAAACUGAAUGGUCUUCAGAGAUAGAUGGGAGGGGUUGAUGUUAGCUGAAAUGUAGGAUUAAAAACAAACACAAGAUAACUAUUGUAAAAUACAUUGUGUCCAUGAAAUGUAUAUAGUAUGUAUAAGCUGGAAGUAGAACCCUAAGUGUUGCUGUCCAUUAGUUCACUCCAAUUAGGGGAG